GACACACAAAGACACACAAAGACACAAAGACACACAGACACACACAAAGACACACAGACACACACAGUGGGUUUCUUGGCUGCACUUAUAAUAGCCGAGCUAUAACUCAGGCGAACUCUUGGAGCGUGAACAUCGUGCCCUGUGUGUUGGGAGGGCACAGUCGAUGAAGUCAUCAAUUGUUCUCUCUCUUUCUCGUCUCGUGUCAUCUUCGGGAACACCAUCACGUGCUCUCACAGCUCUCGUCGUCGGUGGCAUGGACAUCAUCGUCACACAUCCAUCAUUAUCGCUUUACACACUGCACAUCGUAAUACAACGCCUAGCAGCAGCAUCAGCAUCAUCAGCAUCAGCAUCAUCCUCGUACCAGUUCGCAGUAAAUAUGCAAUACUUUUAUCGUUACGAAUUAAAUGUCAUCAUCAUGCAAAAACAUUGUCGUCAUCACACAAACCAUUUCAUGGUGAUCUUAAUCCCAUGACCUGUUUGACACGCUACAACACGUAUCAUCUGUAUCGUAAUCCCAUUAUGUGUUUAAUAUCAUCAUCACUCAAUCCAAGUUAUCAUCAUCAUCCCAGAUAGAAUUUAAUAUCAUCAUGAUUGUGUUUAACAGAACAAUAGGAUCUUCAUUCAUUGCCUUCAUCUGGCAUGGGAUUGUUGUUGAUGGGGCUGAUGUUGCUGUUACAGUUGUUGUAGUUGUUAACGAUGUUGUCGAUAUUGCUGCUGUUGUUGCUGUGGGUUAUGUUUUUUUUUAUCCAAAGUGUUCUCACUAAUACAUCUCGAGUGCUCUUCCCUCCUUCGUUGCAUGUCUUUAUAACCUUACCGCGUUAUACAACAGAGGCUACUGCUUGCUGCUAUUGCUGCAGCAGCUUCUGCCUGACUCAUCCCUAUCGUGUUUGUGCAUCAUCAUCAGCCGUACGCGGUUCGCUCACGCUCACGCUUUGGCAUCUCCCUUUGUAUAUACAUGAUCAUCAUCAUCAUCACCAGCCAUGACCUUUCCACUGCUGAAUGAAGCCCCCCCCCCCUCCCCCAACAUAACCCCACGAUGUAACAAUCCACCGACUCGCACCUGCACGCGAGCUCAUUUCAUCGCUCCGUCUCCUCGGGGAACGCGCUCCGGGACAAGUCUCAUUCCUAGGCGUGUGUCCUGCCCACAUCCCAGCGUGGUGGAUUUCCCUGGCAUCGGUCCUCUCGUCCAUGCUGUGUGUUGCUCCUUGUGUCUCUCAAUGUCAUCACUUCCAAGCAUCUAUUCCCCACCCCCCCAAACCCACCUACCCCCACCACCUUACGGGACUGUAUUUCUGCAAAUGUGAUUGCACUCCACUGUAAACGUAUGUAUGGUCUCAGUUCUGUAACAACCUCCCCACGUCGCUGGGGGUGCUGGUGGUGGUGGGGGCAGUUUAAACAAAAGGCACGUUGCUUAAAAUCUCACCACUCAGCAGUAGACACUGCCAAGACGUGGAAGAGUAGGAUUUUUAAAAAAGUCCCCGUACGUGUGGCUCACAGGGCUAUACCAAAAUAAAUAAAUACAUCUCCAGAGCUUCCUCUAGUGGAGGCUCUUCCGCCAGCAGUGGCUGGAACAAAAUAAUGACAGUCGGCUGCUUCUUGUUUUUUUUAUUGAUUUAUUUAAAUGCAUAAUGUGGUGGAGGAUCAUUGUGUACGCAGUCUUUCACGACCAUCAUGAGUCAUAAGUGGUUUCUUUAGGGGUUGGAUCAUCGUGUGGGUAUAAUGUCUAUUUUAAACGAUUGCCUUCCACCAUCCGACAGUCAAUCACAUACGGGGGCAUAUUGUACCAAUUGAUUUGGUUUAUCAGCAAACCGGAGGAAUGUUGAAGGGCAAGCAACAUUCGACAGUUUUAUAGCCGAUGUUUCCAAUGAUGCUAGGGGUGCAUUACCCCUAUCAUCAUCAGGUGGUUAGCAAAAGCUCAGCUUUUUAAUAUUUACACGUCAUUUUUUUCUAUUUCAUUGGACUUUUAAACACAUAUCGAGACUGCCAGCUGCAGUCUCUACGCGCACACACACUCAGUGACUGCGUGAUGUGAUGUGAGCAUGCGCGUGUGUGUGAGCAUUCGCUUUCCCGUGCCCCUUUAGCAAAGUGACUUCAUGUAUGUUAAUAAUGAAUGAGAUGAGUGACGUAGGAGUGAGUUGUUGUUGCGUGUGAUGAGCAUGGGGUAACGAUGAUGCUAUGUUUAUCUGCUUGUGCAGUGGUUGCGUGUGUUUAAAAUACUAACUUGUGCACCUACUUAUUCUAUGGGUCUUUCGGUAAAGCCACGUAGAUAGAAGAAAAAUAAUAAAAUAUCACGAUGUUUCGAUCGCAACACAAGCAAUCGUCUUUUGCUAUCUACGUGACUUUACCGAAAGACCCAUAGAAUAUUUAUUCCUGCAGUCACGACAGCUUUAAGUCAAGAUUGUGCACUUACCUAGAAAGCUUUACCAAUAAUACCAAAAAACAGUAAACCUAUUUGAGCGAAUGUUGUUUUAUUACAGUAAUAUAAAGUGUAUUUCGUGCAUACUCCUCUUUUUCCUUAUUUAAGUAGAUUUUUUUCCAGCCAGUUAUAUUCCCAUUUGCAUCAGCAUGGUAUCAUGAGGUUAAUACAUUGCUUGUCCGCAGUGAGCUGUGCACCACACCGUCAUAGAAUGGUCCCAAAUAAUUUUUAACAUUUUUGUUCAUCUGUUUCCAAUCCCCCCCCCCCACCCCCAAUUGCAACAAAAAGUAUAACGGUUAAAAUCCGACCUUGCAUAUCCGCCCAGACCAAUUAACCGAUCUCACCCACUGCUGCAUUUGUGCACGGUGUAACUGGCAUUUGUUAACAGAUAAUCAGAAAUCCCUCCCAUCUUUUGACCUCGAUCUCCACCCAGCAAGUGCGAUAUGCCGCGUUGUGCAGCCACACCGGCAUUUAGUCGUGGGAACAAGAAUCUUCCAUUCAGGACUCCAGCAACAAGCGGACAGUGUGAUGAUGAUGUCACCACAUACAUACUACUGAAGUAGCUAUAUUAGCCCUCGCCUAUUCAAGCAAGACAAGCUUGUUAAUGUCAUUUACGGAAUGUCCGUUGCGUGUCAGUCAAACCUACAGUUUUAAUUCUACGAGGGUUGGAAUAGUCGCAAGUGAAAAAAAUAGCAUUUAAUGCGGUGAGUUUUUUAUUGUUGUUGUUGUGUAGUAACUGGAUGAGACCAAUCAACUCUCGCUGCACUUGAGAACCCAGUUUAAUCAGUUGGCAGCAGAAACACAGAUUUAAAGCCAGGAUCUCAGUGAUGCCAGAGCAGUGAGUCAACACGGCCUUAACAAGUCCCCUGACCAACCCCGGCCGUCUUAGCUUUUUAUUCUUUCGUGGUACUCUGUUGGAUUCUUGUCGAUGACUUGGAUCGUGUUUAAACCGAGAGGAUUCGUGAUGGUCAUUCUCUGCUGCUGUCCGCAUUACCAGGAACUCCCUUCCCCCAUACCAUCUGUGCUCUCGAUACCCUUCCCCUGUUUAAGUUCCAGCCUGGAGGCAUUUUACAUCUAUCCUCUGCCUGGGCUGAAUACCCCUCUCUAUCUAUAAAUAAAAAUAAUAAUAUGCCCUAUGUUCCGUACAGCAUCUUGAGACCGUUAUGAUGCUAUAUAAAAUGCAAGUUUUAUUGUAUUGUUAAUCUACAAUACAAUAUUUAAAUGAAGACAAUUAUCAGAACAAUCACAGAACAAUUAAAAAGCCCACGAUAUACUGGUAUUGUAAUUGUACCAAAUUACAUUCUUGGGAGUUACAAAAAUUCGUCAUCAGGGAUCUAAUAUAUGUACACCUUCCUGCACAGCUUAAGAGAACCCUCUGUAGGUCCAGUUAGAGUAUUUCAUUGCUGGAGUCCGGUAGUGUCUCAUUCCAGACCUAUUCCUUGGUAAGAUGCGUCAGCUGCGUCUGUCCAGGACUGCGACCAAGAAAAUAUUUCUGCGCCUGGCACGCCACGUCCAACAUCCCGCAUCACUAUAUAUGGCUACUAAAGACGUGCUUACUCCAAUCGACCUGGAAAAUAUUCGGAAUGGUGCCGCGUGGCGCUGCAUCGGACGCGGGUCAUCGUGGCGCUCGGGGUGCCGUGAUGUCCCAUCUCGCAGAGUCACGUCUCUUCACAAACCCCGGCGAGUAGAAGUCAUCGGGGAAACCGACACAUCCGCACGUUCUUCUCUCGCCUCCCUUUCUCCCUGCUCGCCGCCUCUCGAUGGCAUCCAAAACGGAGUGGAGCAACGAGAGCCUGCCCCCGAAGAAGCGUGAGCUGCUGCAGGGCAGCCUGCCCCUCGAGGGCGCAGCCCCGCCGCUCCACGGCUCGCCGGGGCCGCCCUCCCGCGUCGCGGGGCACGGCGACGGAGGCCGCGAGGCGCAGGGCCCCGCCGCGUACGCGGACCGCGCCAGAAACAGCGACGCGGCCCACAGAGGCUUCGACUUCCCAGGCGACGCCAACUUCUGCCUCAAGCGCGACCGAGCAUCUGGCGACUCGGCGUGCGCCUAUGGGGGCGGCCGAGACGGCGGCGCGGUAGCGGCGCCGCCCCCGGAUGGACGGGGUCUGCCGGUCGUGGCGGCACGGGGGCUCGAGGCGCAACGCGAGCAGAACUUUGGCCGGGGCGGCCCGGGCGCCGCGGAGGGGACGGGCGACCCUCGCGGGAACGGUGGGAGGAACGCCCGAGCGUCGACGGCCGCGGACGAGGGGCGACCGUCGCCGGCGCAGCGGCCCCUGUGCCGCGGUACGGUGCUCGUGUCGGCGCCCGGCGCCACCGCCCGCACUCUCUCGGCCCCCUCCUCCGUGGCCGCCCUCGGGGUCGUGACCUCCGGGCCGACCCCGAGGUCGCCGCCCGCCGACGCCGCCGACCUCGCCGGUGCCGCUCGGGUUCACCGCCGGCAAGAGGCGCGCCCGGCGGGCGUGGCUGGAGCCGCGUACGCGGGCGCAGGGCCGGGACAAGACGGGCGCGGGGCGGUGCAGACGCAGCUGCCGGACACGUCCGACUGCAGAGCGGCGGCACCUGCGCCCCCACCGCCUCCUCCUCUGCCGCCGCCGCCGCACCUGACACGCGGGGCCGUGAUCGCGCUGGCGAGCGGGGAGCUGAAGCGCGUGGAGGAGCUGAGCACGGAGGACUUUGUGCGCAGCGCGCGUCUGUGUGCGAGCGUGCGCGUGCACGCGAGCCGCGUCGCCGCGGUGCAGCCGCUGCCCGGCGAGCCUGGGGAGCCCGCGGGAGGCCGCGUGCGGCUCCACUUCUGCCUGGGCGAGCGGCGCGGCCAGGUGACGCUCGAGGUGCAAGCGGAGCACCCGUUCUUCGUGUUCGGCCGCGGCUGGGCAUCAUGCGAGCCGACGCUCUCUCUGCGCCUCCUCGGCCUUGCCUGCCGACAGCUGUGCGUGGGUGACAUGUGCGUCUCGCUCACGACGCAGCCCAGCGGCGCCGACGAUGACACCGAGCACCACCACCACCACCAGCAGCAGCACGAUGAAGAGUUCCAACAGCAGCAGCAGAAACAUCAGCUGCAGCUACAGCAGCAGCAUAAGAAGCAGCAUGAGUGUCAACUCCAUCAACAGCAGCAGCAACAGCUUUACCACCAGCAGCAGCAUCAACUUCAGCAGCAGCAUCAACUUCAACAGCAGGAGCGCCAGCUGCAGCACCAGCACCAGCUUCAGCAACAGCAGGAACGACAGCUUCAGCAGCAGCAACAGCAGGGUCACGGUGGGGAUGAUGUCCCGGACGGGCACGGGGAAGGGGGCGGCCGCGGGGGUCUCCGGGGCGGCUGGGCCGUGGCACCGCCGCAGGGGAACGGGGCCCAGCCGGAGCGGCGGCCGGGAGACCACGGGGCGCGGCACUCGGUGACGUGGCAGCAGCAAGAGGCCGACGACGACGACGAGGACGAGGAGGAUGACGACGUGGAGGGCCUGGUGGAGGCGGCGGCCUCGUGCGCCGACGAGGUCACGGAGCUGAGCGAGAGCCGCAAGCGGCGGCGGUGGUCGGCGCCGGAGGGAGCGGGACUCACCGACAGGGGCCUGGGUCCGCGUGCCGCACCGCGCCACGCGCCGCACCGCCCGGGGCUCAUCCCCCACGCCCUCAAGGUGUCCAUUGAGGGGCGCUCCACUGCCGGGAUAUGA